UACACAUACAGUGUAAGUAAGUACUUAUGAUUAAAAUGUCAGCUUUCCCAUUCUUCUCGAAGGUACUCGUAUACGUAUCUGCAUGCAAAUUAUUUUUUAUAUUAUUCGCGUUUCGCAAAAUGUAAAUCGAUUAUUCAGCAUCUGUGCAUCUGCUUACGCGAAAAAUAUACCUACCUCAUACAGUGAUUUAGGCGAUUUCUUAUCAGAGUCAAGGAUUUCCUAACCUUCGGUAUUUCGUGUGUACGUCUACGUAUUGCGUUGCGUCGGUCGGUUGGUCGGCGUAAAACGCAAUCGUUCGUGAUGAAAUUUCGUUCGUUAAUGAUGAUCAGAUCGUGUGAGAUAAGCUUUAGAGUUGAAUUUUAAAUCAUCACGAUGAAGUUCAUGGAAAAAAAGACAAGUUUGUGACCGUUGCACCGAUUACAUUGAAAGAUAUAAAAAUAUGCAGAAAACCGGCGCGUGGGAGGGAUGAACGUGGAAGAAAGGGAAUUCUGCUCAAGCUUCUGGAGUCUGUUGACUACUUUCAAGAGCUCUUUUUAUCGUCAUCGCGUUGUGGUGGGUGGUUGAGUAGAUUUGCAGAAGUGCUUAGAAAAGGAGAGGGAUUUUUUAUCGCACAAUUUGAUUUGAAAAUUUUCUUGGAUGAAGUUCACACAUGGUAGCAGAGCGUGGUUUUUCUCUAUUUAUCAAAAAAUAAGAAAGUAGAAAGUAAAAUGUUCACGAAUUUGAAUUUUAUUGGUUCUGUGAUUUUUCAAUCCUCCCUUCCUCUAAAGCCCACGGAGUUUCCCAUGACAAUGAUAUUAAUUUAUUUAAACUGGAACUGUAUAAGUUUUUCUCAGGAAAAUUCGUUCAUUUUUUUCAACUCAGCCAACUUUAGCGAAAUAACGCAACGAGGGACCUUCAAAGAUAUAUGUCAUUCGUAGUUUUUUUAUUCGAAGUAGGGUAAUUCUUAAUCGAAACAAUUUAAUACAUUUUAUUAACCUUCAGAUUGGAAAUAUUCUACACGUAUAAACCUGAUGAAUUACCUUUACAUAUUUUUUAUGUUGAAAAAAAAAAUCAAACAAAUAAAUAUAGGUAAAUGCGGAUAAAACAAAGCUAUUAAUUGAAAAUAUUGUAAAACUUGUAGCCUACAAUAUCGUAUUAAAAAAAAUAAUGUACAAUAAAAAACGAAAAGAAAAGAAAAGAAAUGAAAUCUCAUAGAAUAAUCAAAAAUGACCAAAUAAAGUUGAGCAAUUUCAUCAAGGUUUUAUGGAUUGCGUAGCGUGUUGGAGUAUAUAUGGCAAAACGACCCAGAGAUCUGUUAAAAUAAGAAGAAAAAAAAAUGAACGAAGAAAGUCAAGGCCCUUUUGUCUGCCGUGAAUGUAUCAUUGAUCAAAACUUACGCUGUGUUUUUUUUUUUCAAUUACUCGCUCUUCUUCACGCUGCAUUGUCCUUGUAACUUUUGCAAUUGGAAAAUGAAUAAUUUCACAUAAUGGAUUUACUCAUCGGUGAUACUUAAUAGUGUUAUGGCGGCGUAAGUUGAAAAAUUUAUACAGAAUUUCAACGGUUGUGUUGUGUUUGCUCCACAUCCUGUUAUCAUAGCGCCUACACGUCUGUCAAGUGAAAAAAAAAACGUAAUGCGCUGUUAAGUAAAGUUUAUAACACUCGGUAGGGAAAUUACGAGUACAUUACGUCAAAAUUUUGAUAAGAUAUUCGCAUCGACUGUCACUUUUCUUAUUCCCUAUGUGAGAACUGAGAACUGAUACCUUCGCAUAUAUUCUAUAAAGUUUCAAUCAGCUCACAAAAUGAGGUACCUAACCUAUCUGUAGCGAAUAAAACAAAAUACGGGUAACUCAAUUCGAGGGGAAUAGAUUACCAUAAUGAUAGUAAUUAUUUUGUGACGUUUAAUGUACUUUCGAUACAGUUACAAUGACGCGUGACGUAAAAAAAUUCAACCAGCCGAAUUCAAACUCGGCGCAAUAUUAGUGCAAAGUUUAGAAAUUUUUUUAAAUGGUAAUUGACCAGUCGUGAAAACGUUUUAUCUAACUUUAUCAUUAAAUUGUUAGGAUUUUCAAAUGAUUUCGUUUUUUUUGAUUGAGAAAUCCUAUUAACUAUGUUAAUGUUAUUGAUAUAGUACGAUGUACGAAAUGUUCGCUACGUACGUCUACGUAUUGUGGGUAUUUUGCAAGAAUGCCUACGACGAUUUGUCUAGCGGAUAUUCUACAAUGAUGCGGUCAAUUGAAUUAUUUACGAAAAAAGAGCUAUUAUUUUACAUCGAAUGGGUGUAGUUUUUUUUUUGCGUGUUUCGAAUAGAGAAUGAAUAAAAGCGAACUUGCAACUACUACUGGUUCUUGUUCAGUAAUAUUAUUUUAUUGUACGUAAUAUCGUUAUUGUUAUGAUUUAUAAGAUCGUGCUUUUUAACACGUUUGCUGGGUAAUAAGAUUAAACACAUUUCUUCGAAGCUGCAAAAAUGUUUACUGUUUCAUAGUGUACCUACAAUUAAGUAUAAAGAGAUUUUGGUAAAUUAAAACCGAUCAUGGCUAAUUGAGUGGUUUUAACUUUUAUUUAAGAAUUCGUUGGGUUGAAAUCAUGGUUUGGAAAACAUUCUCCAAAGGAAAUACAGGGUGUUCCAGAAUAACCUUUCACAUUUUGGUGAGCACUGAUCUGCGUUCAAAUGGUGUUAGGGGAAUGGUAAAAGCGGUUCCAGGUAGCCAACACAUGCCGAAUUAUGUUUCAGUAUUAAUUUUUUACCAUGGAGAAGUGGACGGCUGUGCAGCGCGCUUUUAUUGUAAAGGCCUUUUUCAAAAAUAAUGACUCUUACAUUAGUGCAAUUCGUGCCUUCCGCAAACAUUUUAAACUUACCGGUAAAAGUGAAGUGCCAUCGAGGCCAACAGUGAAAUUAUGGGUAAAAAACUUCGAGAAAACCGCUCAUGCUUGUAAAAAUAAGCCUACAGGUCGGAAAAGAUCAGUAAGAACGCCAGAAACAACGGACCGAGUAAGGCAUUCAGUACAGACUACCCCUACCACUUCAAUACGUAAACGAGCGUUAAAUUUAAAAAUCAAACCAACUUCUCUGCAACGAAUUUUAUCUGAAGACCUCAGUUUCCAUCCAUAUAAGAUUUUAAUCAUUCAAAAGUUACAAAAAACUGAUUUUGUGAGAAGAAAAUCAUUUGCCGAGGAUAUGCUUACAAGAAUUGAUACUGAGAAUCCGAUGAUAAUACACGAGAAACCUCUACACUCCGCUAAGUUGACUGUUUGGAUGGGCGUGGCUAAAUUCGGUAUAGUGGGACCGUAUGUGUUUGAUGAAACGGUGAACGGUGAGAGGUAUCGCAAAAUGUUAAACGAGUUUCUCAUUCCUGAAUUGAAACGCAGACACAAGUAUAGAGUUACUUGGUUCCAACAGGAUGGCGCUACCUGUCAUUCCGCAACGGACACGAUUUCUUUAUUGCGUGAGCAUUUUGGUCAUCGAAUAAUUUCGCUGAACACAGAAAUUUCAUGGCCACCUCGAUCCCCUGAUUUUUCAGCAUGUGAUUUUUUUUUAUGGGGUUACCUCAAGUCAAAAGUAUAUCAAGAUGAUCCUAGGACUCUGAAACAGCUCCUAGAUAAUAUUAUUCGUGAAUCAAGACUGAUUAGAAGAGAAAUGCUCAACAAAGUGUUCAAUAAUUUUAAAAAACGUUUGGUCGAUUGUGUCAAAAAUGAUGGAAAACAUCUUGGUGGAAUAAUUUUUAAAACUUAAUUUAUAAUGAAAACUCAAAUAUAUGGUCUAAAAACGG